UCCUCAUACGAGGGGGACAACUCACCGAGUUGUUGCCGAUGACCUGACCACUUGAGCGGGAUGAACGUGUGGGUCUCCCUGGCGGUGUUGGCCGUCGCGGUGCUUCUCAGCGAGGUAGCCCGCCGGGCAGCCAUUCGCCUCCUCCGCGGUGCCUCCAGAGCUGCGGUGCUGGAGGCGGCGUCCACCUUCCAGCUCUGCUGCUGCACUCACGAACUCAAGCUGCUCGCCGGCGCGGUCGAACCGGCUGUCAGCCUGACGCUUUGCUACGCCAUUACCGUCGUCCACCUGCAGACCUUCCGGGGAGCUUCGUGUAAUCCCUGCGGCGUCGUGGAGCGAGUUUGCCGCGGGAGCAGCGGCGUCGGAGCGGCGCUGUCGGUCGUCGCCGCGCAGUUCAGCGCCGCUCUGGCCGCGCGGCACUUCGCCGCCUCCGUGUGGUCGCAGGGUCUGUCGGAGAGCCACGUUACGCACCGGCGCUUCGGCUUCAGGUGCUUCGACCCGCUGGGGGGCACCGUGUUGGAGGCGGCCGCCGUGGAGCUGGCUUGUGCUUUCGCCGUCCAAGCCGUGGCUCUGCACGCCCACAAAGUGGACGAGAGGCUCCGCGUUCACGUCUUUGCCGCUGUCGUUACCGCGCUGGUGUACACAGGUGGCAGCAUUUCCGGGGCGGUCUUUAACCCCGUCCUGGCCUUCUCUGUCCAGUUCCCCUGCAGCGGACACACCUACCUGGAAUACUGCUUCAUUUACUGGCUGGCACCAGCCUUAGGCUUCACGGGCUGCGUCCUGCUCUUCGAGAAGAUCCUCCCGUUCCUGUCGGGCAAGAACUCUGCGGGCCGCCACGUUCACAAACACAAGGGCCAAUAGUCAUACGUUGGCAUUUGUGUUGUGCGGCGGUUUUACCUCACUCGCUCAGGUGUUUUAAUUUAACGUAAAAAUAUUAUCAUACAACUGUGAAAUUUCGUUUAGUUAAGUUACUACAACACACAAAAAAUAGUAUUUUUUUCGUAAUAGUAGCUAAUUAUUAGAGAUGUCGAUAAAUGCUUUAAAAUGUCAUAUCGGAAAUUAUCGGUAUCGGUUUCAAUAAGUAAAAUUGAUGACUUUUUAAAACGCCGCUGUACGGAUUGGUACACAGACGUAGGGAGAAGUACAGAGCGCCAAUAAACCUUAAAGGCAAUGCCUUUGCGUGCCAGCCCGAUCAAAUAAUAUCUACGGCUUUUCACACACACAAGUGAAUGCAAACGCAUAUUUGGUCAACAGCCAUACAGGUCCCACUGAGGGUGGCCGUAUAAACAACUUUACCACUGUUACAAAUAUGCGCCACACUGUGAACCCACACCAAACAAGAAUGACAAACACCUUUCGGGAGAACAUCCGCACCGUAACACAACAGAACAAAUACCCAGAAUCCCUUAAAGCACUAACUCUUCCGGGACGCUACAAUAUACAGCCCCCCGGUAUCCCCUACCAAAACCCCGCCCACCUCAACCUCCUCAUGCUCUCUCAGAGAGAGCAUGUCCCAAAUUCCAAGCUGCUGUUUUGAGGCAUGUUAAAAAAAAAAUAAUGCACUUUGUGACUUCAAUAAUAAAUAUGGCAGUGCCAUGUUGGCAUUUUUUUCCAUAACUUAAGUUGAUUUAUUUUGGAAAACCUUGUUACAUUGUUUAAUGCAUCCAGCGGGCCAUCACAACAAAAUUAGGCAUAAUAAUGUGUUAAUUCCACGACUGUAUAUAUCGGUAUCGAUUGAUAUCGGAAUCGGUAAUUAAGAGUUGGACAAUAUCGGAUACCGGCAAACAAGCCAUUAUCGGACAUCUUUACUAAUUAUACUAUUCACCUUCUGUGUGCCUUAUUUAUAGUGAAGCUUGUGUCGGAAAUGUGUGUAUUUUUACUGUGAAUAUAUUAAAAAGCGAUCCAUCCAGAUGUUAAAUUCUCAUAAUGUUGUCAUUAUGUCUAAAUGUCGCCUUAAUUGGCGAGUAACACAAGGCCAAAAGUACAAAAAAAUAACACAAUUUUGGCACUUUAUGACAUUAACGUAAGGAAAACGUGUAAUUUCUUUCGCAAUAUUGUUUUUUCUAGAAGAUUUGGGUAUCAGAAAACGGUUUGUUAAAAAGUAUAAUUUUAGUCAAGCUUGUGUCUGAAAUGCGUCGCUUUUUACUGUGAAUAUAUUAAAAAGCGAUCUAUCGAGACUAUAAAUUCUUUUUUGUCAUAAUGUUGUCAUUAAGUCUUAUUGUCGCCUUGAUUGGUGAGUUGCACACGGUAACAAGAGGCCGAAAAAAUAAUAAUAAUUUGUAAUACAGUACACACUUGACAGGAAAUAUUUGAUGGAAACACUCAAAAGCACAAAAAAAUAACACCAUUUCGGCACUUUACGACAUUAAAGUAACGAAAAUGUGUAAUUUCUUUCGCAAUAUUAUUUUUUCUAGAACACUUGGAAAUCAGAAAACAGUUUGUUAAAAAGUAUGAUUUUACUAAAGGCUGUGAUUUUUACUGUGAAUAUAUUAAAAAGCUUUUACUGUGAAUAUAUUCAAAAGCAGUCUAGAAAGACGUUAAAUUCUCUGUUGUCAUUAUGUCCGAAUGUCCCCUUGAGUGGUGAGUAGCACACGGUGACAAGAGGCCGAAAAAAAGUAAAUAAUAAUUUUGUAAUACACACAUGACAGGAAAUAUUUGAUGGAAACACUCAAAAGUACAAAAGAAUAACACAAUUUCGGCACUUUACGACAUUAACGUAGCAAAAAUUAUAUUUUCCUUUUUUUGCCUUGGAAAUCAGAGAACGGCGGUUAAAGACGUAGAAUUGAUGUCGCGAACCACCUCUUACAAUUGUGGCCGAUUACAUAUAUUUUUUUGAUUCUUGCGUUAAAUCGUGCUUCUUAAGGGUGAACUUUAUCAAAAAGGGCCAACGUUUCAGUUAAAAAGGCUUUAAAAAAAUAUUUGUAGAUUCACAAAGUAAAAUAAUCCACGCCGUGCCUUUGUCGUCCAUCGUGUAUUUCAUUCAUUUUAGCGCCAAGUCGUUCUUAAGUGUGAACGUCAUGAAUUUAGGACACGCCGAAAUAAGAAAAUGUUGGUUAAAAAAAAAAUUGAAGUCAAUUUAAAGGCCUACUGAAAUGCGAUUUUCUUAUUUAAACGGGGAUAGCAGGUCCAUUCUAUGUGUCAUACUUGAUCAUUUCGCGAUAUUGCCAUAUUUUUGCUGAAAGGAUUUAGUAGAGAUCAUCGACGAU